AUGACUGACAAAUUGUCCGACGAGCGUCGCCACUGGCACGGCGACCCAGGCAAUCGCCACGAGCACCUCAAUGCCUGGACAGCAGGUGGUGCAAAGGCCCCAGCCCACCGUGCAGCAUGGGCUCUGACACCGGAGAUGGUGGCCAAUCUUAAUGCCCGAAAGGGCUCUGACGCCUCUACUUCCUCGAACUCGGCUACGAGCCCUACUGGGUCUGGCUCUGGUUCUCCACCUUUGCAGACUGUUAAUGAGCGUCGACGCUCCAGUGCGUCGUCUGGGAGUGGGGCGGGCCUCUUUGAGAAUCUUCGUUCUCAGAAGCGGGAGUCUCAGGAUCCUGCUAUGGCGGGGCGUCGGGCGAGUUGGAAUGAGCAGCAGGCUCAGGGGGGAUUCUUUUCGAAGCUUUGGGAUGGGUAUACUAAGAAGUAG